AUACAUAAGCUUAUAUUGUUAUUUGUUUAGAUUUGGAAAACUUUAUAAAUUGAAAGCAAAAGUGUCUGUUAGUCGUAGGAGGGUAGCUGAAGGAAAAUGGAAGAAAUAAAAGCAGAAGUAACGAUCGAAUCUCAGGUUCCCGGUGAAAAUUCAACGGAAUAUCUUCAAGAACUUAACGCUGCAGGACUUUCAGUCAACGUAGCGCAAGGUCUGCAUGAAGUUUUCAAACAAGAUUUAGUAAAAUUUUCUGAUUUGGAUGAGCGAGCCAUUGAAGCAUUGAAGGAACUUGACGAGGAAGGGGCGUUGGCCGUGUUGAAACAAUUUAAUGAAUCAAACCUACAGCACGUCCAUAAUAAAAGUGCGUUCCUUUGCGGAGUUAUCAAAAUACAUCGACAGCGCUGUAAGGAAGAAUUAGCCGGGCACAUAAAUGGCGACACAAAAAAAUCUGGUCCCAAUGAAGACAAAAUACAGGAACUUUUAGAGCGAACAAAAUAUUCGCUUGAUGUAACAACAGGUCAGCGUAGAUAUGGUGGCCCACCUCCUAAAGAUGUUUAUGACGGGGCUGAACCUGGUACCGGUUGUCAGGUAUUCGUUGGACGCAUCCCACGAUUUGUGUUCGAAGAUGAACUUGUACCUUUAUUAGAAGAGGCUGGGGUGGUGUGGGACUUCCGCUUAAUGAUGGAUCCAAUGUCGGGGCAGAAUCGAGGAUAUGGCUUCGUUACUUACACAAAUAAAGAAGCUGCAACAGAGUGUGUUAAGAUGUUGGAUAAUUAUGAAAUUCGUCCGAAGAAAUUCCUGGGUGUUUGUGUGUCACAGUCGAACUGUAGAUUGUUCGUUGGAUCCAUCCCAAAAACCAAAACCAAGGAUGAAAUAUUUGAAGAAUUUGAUGGAAUUACACAGGGCUUGAAAGACGUUAUUAUUUACCUCCAAACUGAAGAUAAAAUGAAAAACCGAGGAUUUUGUUUCUUGGAAUACACAGACCAUAAAGCUGCUUCACAGGCGCGGCGUCGAUUGAGCUCGGUCAAAGUGAAAGCGUUCAACAACACAGUGUCGGUGGAUUGGGCCGAUCCUGUGGAAGAACCAAGCGAUGAGAUUAUGUCUAAGGUUAAAGUCCUUUACAUCAAAAACUUAUCAAUGAAAGCCACCGAGGAAAUAGUGAUGGCGACGUUUAGUGCGUAUGGUGAAGUAGAGCGAGUUAAGAAGAUCAAAGAUUAUGCGUUCGUUCACUUCAAGGAGCGUGAUAACGCUAUGAAGGCAUUAGAAGAGUUGAAUGGAUUAAACCUGGAAGGGGAAGCCAUCGAGAUAAGUUUGGCCAAACCUGUUGAUAAAAAGAAGAAGGAACGACAAAUGGAAAGAAAGAUGAUGACUCAUGCUUAUGGUAUGGGAUACGGCAACCGGGCCGGUUACAACAUGCGUGGUCGUGGAAGGGGAAUGUACGGGGGUCAAAUCCCACCAAUGGGGUUCGGUUUCAAUGAUGAUUACUUCACCACAGAUUACAUGGGUUACGGGUAUUACGACGACCCUUUCUUUGGCAUGCCGAUGCGAGGGGGGUAUCGUAACCAGGCUAUGAUGCGGAACAGAGGAAUGUACGGAGGUUUCAAUCGAGGUCGUGGUACCGGAGUGAGGGGUCGCGGACGAGGCCGUGGCACGCCAAAUGGGGUCGCGGCACGUGGGAAGCCAAUGCAAGGAAAACAGGAAUAUGUGAUGGUGCUAUCGUAAGAAGAGAUGAAGACUGCCCACCACUAUGAAGCCCUAACUGCCGCGAUUUUCUUUUAUUUCUGUUAAUCACGUUUUACUUUUUUAAUUGUGUGAAUCAUGUCAGAUGAUUCGUUCCAACGGGUUUCCGCCUCUUUUUUUACUUUUUUAUGCCAACUGUGAUACACACACAGACCACACACCCCCACCCAUUAUGCAGGGGCAGAUUCAGGGGGUGACGGGGAUUCCCAACGUCCCUUUUUUUGUGAAAAAAAGCCAUGAAACAACUUGAUUGCAACAACUGCUUUUCGGUGCGUCAAAAGUUCAACCCCCUUUCCCCCGUAUCUGCCCCUGCUACCACGGUGCCCCGAUAACUCAACUCAUAUUUUUGGUUCCGGGCAUCGCUGCUCAAACGCAAGUCGCUGCUUAUUCAUAGAGGUCCAAAUUCUUAAUUUCGGUCAUUUUUCGCAACCAUGUAGCGGCUUCAUAGAAACAUGAUAUCACCAAGGGGGCAGUCCCGAUUUAUGUGUGUAAAAAUAAAAUCCCGAACCUGGGAUUUGAUCGUAUUUUCAAUGUUGUUUCUGACAAUAAAUGCGAUCACCAAA